AUUUGCAUCUUUGACAAAAUUUCAUGUUGCUAUGCUAUUAUGUUUCUGCUUCGAAUGAAAAUAACUUAGUAUUCAACUGAACUUCCACCUGCUUUUUAAAAAUUUCAAUGGAGGAUCAUUCUUGUCCCUGUAAUAACUAGUACAGAGUUGCAAGAAUCACGUUCCUUACAAAACCAAGACUUUUGUUCCAAUUGCAAUUUACUUCAGCAUAGUUACACUUAUCGUUAAUAUAUCGAUCGAUGCAGUAUGUGUUCUUUUUAACUGUCUAAUUCCUGUUUGAUGUUUGAGGAAAUUAAUUCUACAAUUCCACUGCAUUAAUAAAGUUGCUCAUGUCAUGAGUUGCAGAUGUCAGAACCGAAACAUGUCAUGUGAAAGAUUAGCUCCUGAUGAUUGGUCUCUUGAUCGGUGAAAAAUAAACUACAAAUGUAACCACGAUGUGCGAUUUGCUCCUCAGUCUCACAUAGUGCAGAUUACAGAACUCCACUCUCUCUUAUCCAGUAACCGUUAGACGUUUUUGUCGGCAAAGUUUACUCCGCGUUUUAAUCAUUCAGAGAAAGCUAAAAAUGAAUAUCACAACAGCAGCAGCUACCAAUAGCUCAGAGAACGCGACUGGUUCAUCAAGAAGUGUCCCUUCCAAGGCAGAAGCCGUCGCAUUGUGCGCCGCUUUUAUUUUGUCAUUUGUAUUUAUUGUUGUGGGAAACUUGCUCACCCUUGUUCUGUUUACAGUAAACAGGAGCCUUUAUAAGAAAAGUUUGUUCCUAGUCAUCAAUAUGGCGUUUGCUGACCUGAUGUUAGGAAUCCUUUCGCUACCUAUCUACAUUUACAAUGUUGGGAGAAGUUUUCAACUUUGGAACGGUGGUUGGUCGAUGUCUUUGUCAAUUUUCUACAAGAUCGUUGAUACCUUUUUCUCGCAAGCGUCGUUAAUUUCUGCAGCUUUCAUAUCUGGCGAGAGAUUUUAUGCCAUUCACUGGCCGUUUAAGCACCGAACACUGUCAAUGCGAGCAUACCGUAUUAUGAUUUUUACUGUGUGGGCACUGACUCUGCUUAUCGCCACCCUCUGGAGUACAUCGUUUUUCCUUAUUUCCUACAAACGCGCUGUGCAUGUUUGGACGCCAUACGUCUUGAUUCUAAUAUUCAUCAUAUGUGGUUGUAACAUCGGCAUUUGGAGAAGGUUUCGACGCGGAAGUAUUGCAUCACAACAGCAAAACAGAGACUCUCUAAACAAACGAUUAACAAAGACCUUAAUGUUUGUAUCUUUUCUCGUUUCGCUGUCGUGGCUCCCUUUAGUUAUUUUCAACUGUUUAAUCUAUGUCUUUGAUGUCCAGAUACCAUUGAAAUAUUAUCUCCUGGUGAACGUUAUAAAUUACUCCAACUCGUUUGCAAAUCCAGUUGUGUACGCAUUGAGAAUACCCGAAUUUAGAGAAGCCUUGGCGUUGUGCUGUUUAAGAAGGCCAGCGGCGUCAAACAUUGAAAUAAAAUUAAGUAGAAACCAGAAGACUCUUGCUUUGACGCCGGCGACAGAGCUAAGAACACCACGAACAGAGACCAGUGAUCUACAACUGGCGUUUGAACAGGAAGUCAUGGAAACCGAACUUUAGAAACCCAAUGCUGGUGUGGUAUAUAGCAUAUAUGCUUGAAUAAUGUUCUUAAGAGUAUUGAACAUAAAUCUGAUUUUAAAACUACUGCUAUCUUACAAUAUAA